AUGGCGUUCUCUGUAUCUAUUGGCGAUAUCCUGCUGCUGUCUCGCUUGGCUUACCGCUUAGGCCAAACAUUCACCUCAGGCCGAAACUCUGCGCCCGCCGAGUUCCACGAAGUUCAAAAUCAGUUGUAUUCACUGCACGACGCGUUGAACUAUCUCGCUGACCAAGACGAAACCACCUCUGGUAUAAACCAUGAUGGCACGGCUUCAAGCACGGUGGCCCCGCCCGAUGGUGUACUUGGCCGUAUGGUAGCCAAUUGUCGCGGGACGCUCGACCAUCUCGAGAAAGUUGUGGAGACUUAUACAGAGCUGGACCCGGAUGUUGUUCAGCCGAAAGACACCGACCGGAGAAGAUGGCGGUUCAAGGAGAACUGGAAGAAGAUCAAGUGGACAACAGAAGGCGGUAACCUAGACAAGUUGAAGCAGAGCCUCGCAAUUCAUCUGAACGCUCUGAAUCUGGCAGUUGCUGCGAGGAACAGGUAA